CGGUAUAAUAUUCGACUCGCAGUAUCCCUCGACAGUUAGCAGCGGAUCUCCGUCUUAUGUAUUUUGUCCAGUGCCGUUACCAUGUAGCCUUUGAGGUCUGGUAAACUGGCCAAUUUCGCAUGUAGAGGCUGCUGCUAGCCGAUAGACGUAUCAACAGUUAGGACAUCGCUGUUACCUUCACCUACCGACGAGCAACAAGUGUGCGCCCAUGAGAACCUACUUUAAGACAUGUAGAGAACCUAUGGAUUAUUUCGCUUUUGAAAUUUAAUAUUAACAUUGUCCGACCCGGCACGUUUGACGUUUUUUUUGUGCUGAGCUCAUUUGAGUUCGCUCGUUUUAAGACAUAUUGACCAGUUUGGGCGAACAGUGUUACGAAAUUCAGGAUAACUAAGCAAUCGGUCUGACAAGAGUCAUGGGACCGAAACAGAGCAGCCCGGCGGCAAAUGGUCGUAUGAGAGCUUACUUCGGUUCUGAUGUAACCUCUCCUACUCCAGAAAGCAGAUCGGGGAGAACAGCUCUGCUAAGGUUUUACGCAGGUGGCCCAGGAAAUCAGCAGAGAGGACAAAGAGGACGAUACGCAGCUGACACCAGGCCGAAUGCACUUUUUCAGUCGGGGAUUAUACCGAACACUAGUGGGACUCGUAGACACAGCGAUGCCACGGAUGAAGUGCGAGGGCAAGGCGGACCUCGGCUUUUAAUAGGGUCACUACCUGCCAUAUCUCCUCAGCUGCUUGGAGCUGCAUUCCACUGUCCUGUGUGUUCAACGUUUCUUGACUCAGAUGAAGUGGAACUCCAUCUGGACAUGUGCCUCAACAAAUCGAGACUCACUUACAACGAGGAUGUUUUAGAGAAGGACUCAGAGGAGUGCACUAUAUGCCUGAAUCAAAUGGUGGAGGGGGACACCAUUGCCAGACUGCCCUGCCUCUGCAUCUAUCACAAAAGGUGCAUUGAUAAGUGGUUUGAGGUAACCAGGUCUUGUCCAGAACACCCCAGCGAUUAAACAUGUUCAUAUUCCACAGGUUCCUCCUUUUCAUCACUGAGGAACGGUUUCAAAGGUGACACACCCAAAUUGGUUGGUGUAGGCUGUGAUCCAGGACUCCAUAGUUUUAUUGGGGUCAUCAGUUAAUUUUUUUAAAGCCUGUGGUUGCUUCACAGCUGUGCCAAAAGACAAUUAAACACAAAGCCUCAAGGAUCCUGCCCAUGUGUGUGAUUUUACCACCCGGACGCCCACCACUGUGUCAAACCCCCUGGACAUCAGGUUGUUGUUUAGAAAGCAGUAACUGCCCUGGACAUGCUGUUCUCUUCUGGGGCUUUGAGCCAAUCCUGCUUGGAAACAGGACAGCAUUUCAAGCAAGUGAACACAACAUUAGGACCAUGAUCAGUGGUGAAUAAACAACACAACUGAAUUUUUCUGUGAUUACAAAACCAGACUAGCCACUAAAGUUGAUCACACCUCUCUAUUAAAAAAGUUUGUCUUUUUCAUUUGUAGUUUCUUUUUCUUCAUUACUAAUGAAGAGAUCACAUAGCAGUGUGCUUAAAGAAUCAAGUGCCAUUUAGGUGAAGUUUGCUGCUACAUUUUUCAUUAGCAAUAGUUGCAAUUGAAACUUUUUAAUAAAGCAUUUUUUUCUAUGA